UUUCACAAGUGCAGCUUUCACCCCAACCUGCCUGUCCCAGCACAACAGGCCAUCAUAGUGCCAGUCCAGAGCACAGCAAUUGUCAAUGAACAACAGCCAAGAGGGGACAAGAGGAGGCUUGUGGUACAUAAAGCGAGAGCGCUCAGCAACUUGGAUGUCUGCUUAUUCAAUAACUGGGACACUGCUAGUUCCUCUGGGUUUAUUUUCCAGCACAGGGCACAGAGGGUAGGCUUGACCUUUGGUCAAGUGCUCUGGACACAAGAAACAAAAAUCUCACCCUCUGACUCAGAAGAACUCCAAAGACAGAAGCCCCAAGAGAAAACAGAAAGAAGACAUGGUGGGCCACCAGGAAUGCACCAUGAAAGAGGAGACCAGGGACAAUUGCACGCCCAAGUUUUGGCGCAAGACUUUGACUGCACCUGCCCCAUUUGCAGAUGAAACCAGCUGCCAGUGCCAAGCUCCCCAUGAAAGACUGACCAUUGCUCAGGCCCGCUUAGGAACACCAGUUGAUAGGCCUGUCAGAGUAUACGCAGAUGGAAUAUUUGACCUCUUUCAUUCCGGUCAUGCAAGGGCACUGAUGCAAGCAAAAACACUGUUCCCCAACAGCUACUUGUUGGUAGGAGUUUGCAGUGAUGACCUCACCCACAAAUUUAAAGGUUUCACUGUGAUGAACGAAGAGGAAAGAUAUGAAGCUCUCAGACACUGUCGGUACGUGGACGAAGUCAUCAGAGAUGCUCCGUGGACACUCACACCAGAGUUCCUGGAAAAACACAAGAUUGACUUUGUGGCCCACGAUGACAUUCCAUAUUCCUCUGCUGGUUCUGAUGACGUUUACAAGCAUAUAAAGGAAGCAGGAAUGUUUGUUCCAACGCAGAGGACAGAAGGCAUCUCAACAUCAGACAUCAUCACCAGAAUCGUCCGUGACUAUGACGUUUAUGCCCGACGUAACCUCCAGAGGGGGUACACGGCCAAGGAGUUGAACGUCAGCUUUAUAAAUGAGAAGAAGUACCGUUUCCAGAACCAGGUGGAUAAGAUGAAGGAAAAGGUCAAAAACGUUGAGGAAAGAUCAAAGGAAUUUGUUAACAGAGUGGAAGAAAAGAGUCACGAUCUAAUUCAAAAGUGGGAAGAGAAGUCAAGGGAAUUCAUUGGCAACUUCCUAGAACUGUUUGGCCCUGAUGGAGCAUGGAAGCAGAUGUUCCAGGAGAGGAGUAGCCGGAUGCUCCAGGCCUUAUCCCCGAAGCAGAGUCCUAUGAACAGCCCAACCCGGAGCCGUUCCCCUUCCCGUUCCCCAUCACCCACCUUCUCAUGGCUCCCGAACAAAACCUCUCCACCCUCCUCGCCCAAAGCAGCCUCAGCCUCAAUCAGCAGCAUGAGUGAGGGGGAUGAGGAUGAAAAGUAAAGGCUGCUGGCAGACAACAAGAGCCACACCACACAGGGUCGGGGUGGGGGGGAGGGGGAGAUCAUGGGGCAUACCUGGGUGGUGUUUGAAGGGUAAUAGUCACAGAAGCUACAGCUUGGCAGGGAGACCCUGAACUCUGAUAAGGCAAGAUCUUGGGACCAGUUCUCCCUUAGUCCCCACACAGCCCAAGAUUUGGGCUCAGCCAUGGGGGUUUCCAGCUGAAAAACCUACACACACCACCUUAGCAUCAGCUAGAGUCACUCUACUUCAACCUUGUUAACAGAAGAAGCCGAGUGCCCCAGGGAGACUUGCACAGAGUAGGGUAUUUUGUGCUUUUGGUCUUUACAUCCACCCACACCAAAUAAACCAGCAGUGGAAGCAGCUGUUCCCUCAACCUGCUAUUUCAGGCCACAUAAGGGCCCCUGCACAUUGCCUCUUACCACCCAAGCUCUGCCAGAAUAAAGUUGUUUCCAAUAGAGGUGGCAAAGUGCUUCUGAAAUAGUCAAGUUAGAAAAAUUCCAACCACCACAGUUCAGUCACUAAGACCUGAUGUUGCCACACAUCACCUCUCCAAUUCCAGGAAUAUUGCUCAUAGACAAAGCCUUGCUAUAGGCCAGAUACAAGAAGUCACCUAGUGUGAACUUAGCUUCUUAUUCAAAGGACAGUUUUGUCAGGGAGAACUCCACAUAAGGCCUACUGUGAUCCACGUUGUAUUUUUUCAUCUUGGACUUGACUUGUUUUCUAGAAAUUACAUUAAUCUGCGAGGAAUGCAAUGAAGAAAAACAUUGCAUAUAUAUGUAAAUAUAUAUAUAUAUUUACAUAUAAG